AUGACCUCAAUUCCAGCCCAGACUCUGUGGUCGAAGAUACCUGCUCCGCUCUGGCUGCUUGAUCUGCUGCUUGCAUCUGGAAAUAUGGAGGCCCAACUACAAGCCCAGAUUCCUGGUCUGGACCAUAUCAUUUCAGAAUACUCAGUGGGCUAUUUGACCCAUGCUGCCAACCUCUACGUCGACGAUGCGGCCCAACAGUCGCCCCUGGUGGAAGCGGCCGAAUCUGUCACCGAACUUCUCGUCUCCGCCUCGGGGGACUUCUCCCCGCAAAACUACGAGGCGAUCGGCAAUCUCGUUGAGAAGUUUAUCACAACUCUCAGCUCCUCCAAUGGUGACCCCGAACGCAGACAGAUGCCUUUCAAGGCCAAGAAGCUGGAGCAAGCGAUCAACGUGGGCUCGCAGCGCAACAUGUCCUCCACCCUGGGCUUGACCGGAAACACUGUCGAUUUGGAGUCUGCCAACCUUAGGAAGUUGGAGUCCAAGGUGGACAAGAAGAAGCUCGAGAAGGCGGAGCGCAAGAUUCGUGCCAAGCAGGACAAGAAGCAGAUGAAGAACGUCACCUACGAGUCCUCCCGCUUGCUUCAGCAACCCGAUGAGACCAUGUCCUACGAGGAGUUCUUCAUGGCCGUCAACCCUCUCCAGCUGGGCUCCGACUCACAGGCCAAGAGUAAGGAUAUUAAGCUCGACAACAUCGAUAUUUCCAUCAGUGGCCUGCGCAUUCUUACCGAUGCCGCGUUCACCCUUGCUUAUGGUCGCCGCUAUGGUCUUGUGGGUCAGAACGGUAUUGGUAAAUCCACACUUCUGCGCGCUCUGAGUCGCAGAGAAAUCGCCAUUCCUACUCACGUCUCCAUUCUGCACGUCGAACAGGAGAUCACUGGUGAUGAUACCCCCGCUCUGCAAGCAGUGUUGGAUGCCGAUGUGUGGCGCAAACAUCUCCUCGGAGAGCAAGAUAAAAUCACGAAACAACUGGCCGCGCUUGAGGCAGAGAGAUCCUCAAUGGCUGAUACCUCAACGGAUGCUGCCAGACUCGAUGAACAGAGAGAGGGUCUGGAUAUCACGUUGAGCGAUAUCUAUGGCAAACUUUCCGAGAUGGAGUCCGACAAGGCCGAAUCCCGAGCUGCCAGUAUCUUGGCUGGUCUCGGUUUCUCCCAAGAACGCCAGCAGUACGCCACCAAGACCUUCUCUGGUGGUUGGAGAAUGCGUUUGUCCCUGGCCCGAGCCUUGUUCUGCGAGCCUGAUUUGCUUCUUCUUGACGAACCGUCUAACAUGUUGGACGUUCCGUCUAUUACUUUCCUUUCCAACUACCUUCAGGGUUACCCCAGUACUGUACUGGUUGUUUCUCACGAUCGUGCAUUCUUGAACGAAGUCGCUACGGAUAUCAUCCACCAGCACUCCGAGAGACUGGAUUACUACAGAGGUGCUAACUUCGAAUCCUUCUACGCAACCAAGGAGGAGCGUCGCAAGACUGCUAAGCGCGAAUACGAGAAGCAGAUGGGCGAGAGAGCUCACUUGCAAGCCUUCAUUGAUAAAUUCCGUUACAAUGCCGCGAAAUCGUCCGAGGCACAAUCCAGAAUCAAGAAGCUCGAGCGUAUGCCUGUUCUCGAAGCCCCCGAGAGCGAAUACACCAUGUCCGAAGUUUGCUUCGGCUACACUCCAGAGAAGCCUCUUCUCAAGGAUGUGGAUCUGGAUGUUCAGCUCGACUCGCGUAUCGGUAUUGUUGGACCUAACGGUGCUGGUAAGACUACAGUAUUGAAGCUUCUCACGAAACAACUUGAGGCGACCAAGGGUCUCAUUUCCACAAACUCGAGACUUCGCAUUGGUUUCUUCGCCCAGCACCACGUCGAUGCUCUGGACAUGAACAACAGUGCAGUCGGUUUCAUGACCGUGACCUACCCCGGAAAGACCGACGAAGAAUACCGACGACACCUGGGAGCAUUCGGUAUCACCGGUACAACCGGUCUUCAGCGCAUGGGACUGCUUUCUGGAGGUCAAAAGUCUCGUGUCGCCUUUGCUUGCUUAUCCCUUACCAACCCCCACAUUCUUGUUCUUGACGAACCUUCUAACCACUUGGAUAUUGAGGGUAUGGAUGCUUUGGCUGAGGCUCUUCGGGUGUUCGAGGGUGGUGUUGUGAUGGUUUCUCACGAUGUGACUAUGUUGCAAAGUGUUUGCACAAGUCUCUGGGUUUGCGAUGGUGGUACUGUCCACAAGUUCGAUGGUACGGUCAACGCCUACAAGAAGAAGAUCAGCGAGCAGGCCAAUGCUGCCGGUGUUGUUGCGCAGCACUAG